AUGUGGUUAUAUAAAGUAUCGUUUAACGUGCUCUGAUCAACAGAUAUUUUCAGAACGAAAAAUAUGAAGAGCAUGAUGAAAGUAACAGGAUGAAAACGAUUGAUGCUAAUGCAAUGUCACGUUUUGGAUGUUCGAAUAUGAAGAGUAACAACAGAUGUAAUAAUCGUCCAAAAGAAAUUCAGUGUGAUGUACCUUGCAUCAAUAUAACAUUACGAUCAGAUUGUAAAUUACAUUCCAAUCAGUACAACUACGUGCAAAAAGAAGAUGCACAAAAUGAACAUAAAUCAGUGCCUCAAAGUAGAGAGUAUUUAACUCGAACAAAUAUGUCGGAGUUAGAUUUGUCCAAUAAAAAAAAUCAUUCCAUCUGCUUUAACGCAGACAAUCAUUUUAACGUCUUACAAACAGUGAGAAUGAAAUAUGAAGCAAAAUUGGGAAGACCAGAUACGCAACAGUUUAGUUCACUUAACAAUCACACUGCCUUUGAUGUAACAAAUAAUUUGGAUGUGUCACAAUUAGGUGGACGAAGUGGAACGCAAUACAAUCAAGAUAUUGAACAAUCAACUUUUACUAGCACUCCUCAAAUUGCAUACGGAAGACAAAGUUUUUUGCGUUACCCCUUUCAUUCUACCAAAAUAUGGAACGAUACAACUGACAGCAAACCGAUAUCUUCCGAGAUUAACAGCACAGUUUUAGAGAAAGCAGAUCAGAAAGAUAAACUUGAAACAAAUUUUGAUGUGGAUACGUUUGACGUUAAAAGUAAUUUGAAAUCGAGUAAAAAAGUGUCAUGGAAGGAUUUGUCACAAAUCAUGUUACAAAAUGAUAAGAAGAAAGACUUGGUCAAUUUAGAGAAAUUUGAUACUGGUAAACAAAAUUUUAGUUAUGUUCCGAGAGAAAAUAAUAAAUCACUUUUGCAAAAUUUGAUGACUUUUAGGAAUACAGAUUUAAACUCAAAAUCUAUAAACGCAUUCGUCAAUUCUAAAUUUCAGAGGAUUGAAAAUUCAUUGCGUUCUACAGAUUACAAAUAUUCCAUUUGUACUAAUAGAAUACCGUACAUCACUAAAAAUUUGAUUGACAAUGAUAAAAUUGAAAAUAGUGUUUGUACUAAUAGAGUGUGCAAUAUCUCCGAGAAUAAUUACGGAAAACACAUCUCACUGGAAGAAAGAACUUGCAAUCAAAUUACAGAAAAAAAGCACAAAAAAACAUGUACAGAUAUAAAAUGUACAAAUGAUGUUACAACAAAUACUUUAGUGAAAUUUGCAAAUACUGAUUGCUGUAAUGAAGAAAAUAAAGAGAAGUGUUGUAUGAAAACAAUUGAUAUUGCUUUGGAUACAUUACAAGAUAUGUCGAAUAAAAUAAAAAAAUUGCAAGAUAAAAGUAGCAUUAAACAAUAUUCUCAAGAUUGCCACUAUCAAGAAGUGAGGUGCAAAAAUAUGGAUUGCAAUUACUCAAAUGGAAGAUAUGAGGUUGCACUAUUAGAAUGUAAACAUAAUUCUGUGAAACCAUCAGAGUUAAUGACUCCAGACUGCAUGAAAAUGUUACAGGAAAUUAAAGAAUAUACGAAAAUUUUAGAAGAGCAGUUGACAAUCAUUGAUAAAAAUAUAAAGAUUAAGAAGAAAACAAUUGAGAAGCUUGUACCAACUGUUGAAUAUACUAUGGAUCUUAAAUACAAUCAAGACAUUUAUAAUACUAGACAACAAAAAGAUACAAUAACACAGAAUCCGGAGAAAAGAAACAUCUGUAUACAGGAACCAUCGAAAGAUUAUGUAAACUGUGCACAAUAUACAAUAGAACAAAUAGAAGAAAAGAACAAAUAUCAAAAAGAGGAAAAGCAAGGAAGUAAAAAUUGUAAAAUGGAAAACUGUAAUGUUAAUGUAGAUGAUCAAAUUAAACGUCAAGAUGAUACUAAAACAACACAACACGUAAAAGUUCAGUGCGUAAGAUCUUUUCAUAUUAUUGAUCCUUUAAAUUGUAGACCUAUUUCAGCGUGUAUAUGUAAUGAAGGGGUAAACGUAUCCGAUAAUAAAAGCGAUGGUUGUGUUCAAAAUUGUAUUGCGGGUAAGAACUUAACACAACGAAUGGACAAGACUAUGAUAGAUAAACUAAUAUUGGACUCCAUAAAAGUAAAAAAUGUUAGAACUAAUUUGAUGAAUGUAAGUGAUGAGCAAGAAUCUUUGACUUGCGAGGAAAAAGCUAUUAUGAUGUUACUUUUAGCGAAGAGCAUAAGCAACAAAUGUUUAAAAUCUAAAUAUAAGAAGUCGGAGCUUAUAAAUUUUAGACCAAAGUGCAUUACUAAUUCAUGUAUCUCGUGUCAUCAAAGGUUGGUUAAAUGUAAGUCCAAGCGAAAAAUGCAGAUACCUGUUGUGUUCAAACAAUCAAAACCUACUAAAUGUAGAAUCGAAGAAAAUAUCUAUUCUAAUCAAAAUAGGCACGAAUAUUUUCCGAAGCAAUUAGAAAAUGAAAACCAAUUAACAAAUUCGAUGACUGUCUGCACACAGUCAUCUAACUUGCACAUUACCACAGCCACCUCAGUUUCUCGUAUUUCUAUUAGUACCAAAAGUAGGGUGGAUAAUGUAACUGAAGAAAAGAGGCCAAGAGGGGAUGCUUGCAUAUUGAGUUAACAUGUGAAUGUAAAAGAAAAUUCAUAUUCAAAUUAACUUGCAAAAUUCCAAAGGUUUGUUAAGUUAAAAUAGGCCUGUAAUAAGAUAGUAAUUUUCAAUUCAAUUCUAGCAUUUGUUUGUACAAUCAAGUAUGACUUGAAUUAUAAUUUUAUAUCGUUGUAAGUACAUAUCAACAUUUUGAACACUAAUUUUAAAAUUGACUAUAAAAUUUUUAGAAAUAUUUGUAGGUAUAAAGAUUGCGAUAAAUUCAUUGAGAAUAUAAAUUUUAAACUAACAAAUUGUAAGACUGUAUUACUACUAAUUAUAAGACUGUAUUAAGUACUUUGUUGUAUACGGUAAUAUAUUGUAUUAUUUUUAUACUUUACUUGCUAAAUGAAUAAAGCUGUAAUUUAAUUAUACAAAAUUAACUGUAGGAUGUUAUAUUGUACCAGUGUCAAAUAAAUAUCUUUUUAGCUAUAAAUUAUUUUAUGUAUUUAUAAAGAUUCAGAACUUGGAAUAGGAGGCAGGCUACAUAUUUUGGGAUAUUAAUGUUCUAGGACUUUUGAAUUGUAGUUUGUUAACUUAAAGUCUUAUGAUCUUUAGAUCUUGAAAUCUUUGAUACAUGAAAAUUUUGCUACUUGAUUUCAUAUCAGGUAUAUUAAGAUAUUUUUUGAAACUCAUCAUGAAAAAAAUAAGUUUUCA